AUGCACAUGUGGGGCCACGGGUCAGAGUUCUGGAAGGGUCCAAAGUCUUUGAGGGGCAGCCAGCCGGCAGCCAUGCUGCGGCUGGCGUGCUGCUGCUGCGCUCAGGGCUGCAAGAACAAUAUAAACAACCCGCGCGCACGCCCACUCAAGGACUUCCGCACCCUCCAAACCCACUACAAGCCCAAGCACCGGGCUCGACCCUUUGCCUGCCGCCACAAAUCAUGCAGAAAGACUUUUUCCGUGAAAGGUGACUGGCGCACGCACGAGAAGAACUGCAGGAAGCUAUUGUUCUGCAUCCGUGGCUCUGACUUCAAGCACAAGCGCUCUCUCAAGGAUCACGUCCGCUCCUUAGGGAAAGGCCACUCUCCCCAUCCUUCCCUCGAGGACGAGAGAGAUUGUUCCAUCACGCCCGGCUCUGAAGACGAGCCUUGA